AUGGGCUCGCAAGAAAAUCCCUCAGGUUGGUACGAACAAGACGUGCAAAGUAUCAAUCCCGAUGCCCAAACCCUACUAGAAAGAUACAGCGGCCUCAAACCGGAAGAGGUCCUUCCGCAUGUCCUAUCGCUGCGCGACGAGGCCUUCCAGGUCUUCCGGUAUCCGUGCAUCGGACAACUGCGAUUUCUAGCCUUCAACCUCCAGCGCAUGCCGUUCUACAACCAGAUUCUCGACCGCCUCCGAGAAAACCCAUCCACCAACUUCCUCGACGCCGGGUGCUGUUUCGGCCAGGAGAUUCGCUCGCUAGUGGACCGCGGCAUUCCCAGCGCGCAGCUCUUCGGGUGCGAUCUCGAGCAAGCCUUCAUUGACCUCGGCUACCAGCUCUUCCGCGACCAGGACCGUCUGAACGCGACCUUCGCCACAGGAGACCUAACAGCCUCGGAACCCGAUUUCUUAUCGAGUCCGCUCUCGCAGAAAAUGAGCGGCAAGAUGGACAUCAUAUUCGCGAGCUCGCUUUUUCACCUAUGGGAUUACAAGACCGGGCUGGUGGCUGCUAUCCGGCUGGUUACGCUGUGUCGUGACAAGCCCGGGGUGAUGGUUACCGGACGGCAGGUUGGAAGUGUGUUGGGUGGGCAUUAUCCAAUGCAUGGGGUUGAUUCUAGUGCUUUUCACUACCGGCAUAAUGUGGAGACGGUGAAGGGGUUCUGGAAAGAUGUUGAAGAGGCGACGCGGACGCGGUGGAAGGUUGAGGCGAGCUUUCUUGCAGAGGAUGCGAUUGGGAAGGCGAGGAAUGUUCUUCCGGGGUAUGAUGAGAACACGAGGGUUUUGUGUUGGUCGGCGACGAGGGUUUAA